AUGGCACCUGCAAGGACUUGGCUCCCUUGGGCCUGCUGCCAGGACAAAACAACUUCUGGUCCAGAUGAGGAGAGGGAAAAAUACUGGGCCGAUCUCUUUGAUCAGCUGGAUCUCAACAAAGAUGGCUACGUCGACAUGAAUGAACUACGUAAAGGGCUGGCAGGGCGAGGGCUGUCCCGGGCUUCACUGGAGAGGAUUGUUGAAGCGGGGGACACCAAUGAAGAUGGAGUGCUUGACUUUGAAGAGUUUACUCAUUACCUGCGUACCCAUGAAAAACAGCUCAAAGUCAUGUUUCGCAACCUGGACAAGAACAAUGAUGGUGAGAUAGAUGCAUCAGAAAUCCAACAGGCUCUACAUGCUGUUGGCUUAAACAUCAGUCUCAGGGCUGCGACCAGGAUUUUAAAAAGUAUAGACAAGGACGGGACCAUGACCAUUGACUGGGAUGAGUGGCGAGACUAUUUUCUGUUCAACCCUCUCACAAACAUGGAGGAAGUGGCGCGCUACUGGAAACGUUCAAUGAUGUUGGAUUUAGGUGAGCAGCUAACAGUUCCAGAUGAGUUUUCAGAAGAGGAGAAAAAGUCUGGCUAUGUGUGGCGACAGCUGAUCGCAGGAGCCUUGGCUGGAUGUGUAUCGCGGACUGGGACUGCCCCAUUAGAUCGUCUCAAAGUCUUUCGGCAGGUUCACGGUUCGUCUCUUUUUAGUGGAAAUGUGCUGGGUGGUUUUCAGUACAUGAUAAAAGAAGGAGGCGUGCAGUCCUUUUGGAGGGGCAAUGGAAUCAAUGUUCUUAAAAUUGCCCCAGAGACUGCAAUCAAAUUCACAGCUUAUGAAAAGAUCAAGCAUAUAAUGUAUGGCAGAAAAGAUACAAAAAAUCUGAGGGUUCAUGAGAGAUUUCUUGCCGGCUUGUUGGCUGGCGCGACUUCUCAGACAGCCAUCUACCCACUAGAGGUGCUGAAGACGCGACUUGCGCUGAGAAAAACAGGGCAAUUCUCCGGAAUAACUGACUGUGCCAAGCAGAUUCUACAGAAGGAAGGACUUUCAGCUUUUUACAAGGGUUAUGUGCCUAAUUUGCUGAGUAUUGUACCUUACGCAGGCAUUGAUCUGGCAGUCUAUGAGACACUGAAGUUUGUGUGGCUAAAUAGGAACAGAGGCGUGGCGGACCCAGGGGUUAUGGUCCUGGUUGGCUGUGGUGCAGUCGCCAGCACCUGUGGACAGCUGGCAAGUUACCCUCUUGCACUGAUCCGCACCAGAAUGCAAGCUCAAGCCUUGAUGAAAGGAUCCAAUAAGCAAUCCAUGUCCACCUUGAUUUACGCCAUUGUAUCCAAAGAGGGUGUGACGGGCCUGUAUCGAGGAAUUUCCCCUAAUUUGCUAAAAGUCAUCCCUGCUGUCAGCGUGUCCUACGUUGCAUAUGAGUACACAAGGAUAGCCCUGGGAGUGGAUGUGGAGGGUAGGCGGGGAGGGAAAGGGAAAGUUUAA